AUAGUGAAUGGAUCCUGAGACUCAAAUCUCAGAAUAUCAUGGAGAAGAUGAUAAAGAAGGGUGUCUAGGACGCUGUUAAUUGGUCUUCUUUGCCCCCUCACUCACACAAUUCAAUCCAUAAUAAUGAUUAUGAAUCAUAAUAAUGAUUAUUUAUUUUUCAGCAGUGAUGACGGGCCUACACUGCUUAGCAAAAGUCUGACUGACGUGUUAGUGUUCAUUUCACUGACAUGAUCAACUUUGAGAUCUUUCUGAUAUUUCUUGAUAUGGCAUUAAAUUGAUGCAUUACUGUCGAAAUACUGCAUGUAUUUAAUGCACCAAGCCCUCCUUAUAAGCAUAUAUGUAUAAUUACAGUAAUAAUAAAAUGUAGCAGAAACACAGACAUAUGCAAAUGUUUGAAAACACAAAUGGGCCAACAAAAAAAAAAACUCUCUGUACUCAAUUAAUUCAGUUACUUCUUUAUAUUUAAGGAGAUUUUAUUGUCAUUUCAUAUUAAGUGUGUUACAUGAGGUAGAACCAAAUUGUAUUCCCACAGUCCAGUUUAAUAAACCCAAGAGCAAUUUAACAUAGAUUAAUAUAAAUACAAAAUAAAAUAGAGUAAAAAUACAAUGAUAAAAUACAUUUUUAAAAAUGUAAUAUUAUAUAUUGUAUUAAGUAUUAAUAAUAAAUCAACUGUUAGGAGUCUAUCCCAUGGACUCUUUUUGAUGUUACGCAGCAUAGUCACCCAGACCAGGAAUUGAACCCCAGUCUCCCACAUGAUGGGAUAGCUGACUGGCAGGGAGUGGUGUUAUCCACUGCACCAGACCAAUCACCACCAUCAGUAUCUACAGACUUUUGCAUAUGACAGCAGAUUGUGGUACGCAAUACACAACAUUAUGUUGUAAAAUAGAACAGGUGUUUUUUAAUGCUAGUGAUGCUACAUGUGCAGCUAAAUUAUUAGUUCUCUAUCUUACAAUUUCCCCAAAACAGUGCAAAAUCUUACAAUAAUGUCAUUUGUUGUAAUAAUGAUAAUAUUAUGAUAUCAUUUCAUCCACUUCUGCCACACACACACACACACACACACACACACACCAUGCUGUAUCUUGUUCAGCAUGUGUACAUACCCCUCUCUGUUUCCAUAUGCUGUUCCCCAGUGUGAUUGGCCGGCCCUGUUAAUGCCAGCCUUCCAGCCCCCUGCUGUCCGGCCCUCUGUACAUCCCUGCUUACAACCUUCAGCUCUCCUCACUCUCACUAGAGACGAGCGAUACCAGGAGUUUUUGGUAUCGAUCCAAUACCAAGUAAACGCAGGGCCAGUAUUGCCGAUAUCGAUACCGAUAUCGAUACUUUUUAAUAUUUAAUAUUUAAUUAACAAAACAAUGUUUAGAACAGAAACAAAACAAAGUUUACCUUAACAUUAGGAAAAUAAAUUAGGAAAAAACACAAUACAAAAAAAAAAUGUAGUAUAAGUAUCUGUCUUUUUACAUGAGUACUGCUCAAUAUCAAUACUAGUGUUGGUAUCGAUAUUAUAGAUAUUUGAAUCGAUCCGCCCACCUCUCUCCACUCUGCCCUUGUUCUCCGCGUUCUGUCACGCUUUAUCACACGCAGUUCUGCAGCUCGUAGCUGUGCUGUAAUGUAGUGUGUUCUGAGUAACAACACGUAUUACAGACUGCAUUAUUAUUAUGCACCGCCUGCUUCACCCUCUGAGACUUCACACUCUGAACACCCCCGUCCUUCCCCCUUUCCCUCGUUCUAAAACCGUCCUCACAACCUCAAACCCUUGCAGAAUUGUGCUGUUAACCACAGCGCCGCAGGUUAAUACUCUGCCAUUUAAACUGCUCUUUUUAAAAACUAUAUUAUGGCAGAUCAGAGAUUUGUUCUGAACGUUCGUUUGCAUUAACGCCGAGCCGGGCUGCUUCUGACGUUUCAUUACACGCCCAGAUUUACCAUAUGAAUGAGAUGAUUAUGUGGGAGAUAAUGGCUUUGAUUGAGAGAGAUGAAGGGUGGAGGCUGUUUUUCGGGAAAGAUCCUUCAAGACAUCAGCAGUGGAAUGCAGAACUCUACAGAGCACUAAAAGUGAAAGUAAAGUAAAUGGGCAAUCGUCUCUCUCUUCUCUUCCUCUUCCACUACUUUCAUGUCUUCUUCCUCUUCUUCUUCUUCUUGUGCCCACUCUUUCUCUCUCUCUCUCUCUCUUAAUUUUCCCCAAACCUCCUCCACCUUCCAAUGAAGAGUGCUGUGACUUUUUCAGCGCUCCUGUGUGAUGAUGUGUACAAUCUGAUUCCAUGUAUUUAUUUCUGUAUUUUUGCCAACUUUGUAUAGUGUAAAAAAUAUAUAUAAAUAUAUGAAAAAUUGAGAGUACUGUAUAGAUUUUAGCUGCCUGUCGAUGGCACACAGUAUAUAUAUAUAUAUAAAUAUAUAAUUGGUAGAGUAAAACAGUCAGCUGUGUAGAAGCAUUCUAAAGCCAGUUAUAUUGAGGUCAUGCUUUUCUGUAAAGCCUGACGGUGCCACACUUCCUUUUUUAUAUUCUGCCUUUUUUUUCAGUUCUUUUCGAUGUUACUGUUUGUUUUGUUUUGUUAUUUUUUUAUAUAUAUAUAUAAAUGAUCCGGUGGCAUCGGAAGGUCCGUGUUGUUUAUCGUUUAUUACUUUGUAUGAGUUGUUUGUUUGUUGUUUGUUUGUUGAUUAACACAGCGAGGUUCAGGCGCCCGGGAGAGCGCAUGGGAACGCAGAGUGGACCUGUGGGAGUGUGUGUGUUUCUAUAUGUGUGUGUGUGUGUGUGUGCUAGUCCGUCCGCUAGUCCGUUAGUAGUAAUAGUAGUGCUGUAGAAGCUGCUGUAGAGCCUCUGGCUUGCUUUCCUCGUACUGUAUGUGUGUGUGUGUGUCGUGUGUGGAAUGUCAUUAUGUAGAUGAAGCGCUCCUUAACGCUUGCCCUCCACACCUCUUCCUUAUACUUCCGUUGUGCUCUUUUCUUCCAAUCACCCAAUUUGUGGAAACCAAUUAAAAAAAAAAAAAAACGAAAG